AUGAGAAGAAUCGACGAUAGAUGGACUGAAAGAACGUUAGAGUGGAUCCCAAGAGAUGUUAAACGCCCUCGAGGGAGACCGCCAACGGGGCAGGGUGACGUGUUCGCUACACGGAUGGACCAGCUGAGAGCUCAGCUGAUCCAUCGGUGUAGCGGCUCAAGGACCUCGUCAACGUCACCCACGAAACUUGAGAAUAUCUUGUAUGACAACGGCAGAAAGGAAAGGAAACGAGUGGAAGAGAUGCUGGGGUCCGCACGUCUAGUGAAGACGGGCCAUCCAAGUAGCCAGGUAUCCAAGUAA